AAAUUAUUGUAGUAAAUAUUCAUAGCUACUAUAGUAAAAAUUCUAUAGAUAAGCGAUUCGAACAGUUUACAUCAACUGACGCUAGGAGCGCGAACGCGAAAUAGACCACUCAGUGUGUGCCCCGCGCAUACGUGCAAAAACGUAACCCCUACGUAAUACGAGUCCUUGAAGUUACAUAAAAACUCGACUAGUCUCAAGGAAACGUUUUUGCUUGACUCGACUAUAUUUUUGAUCCUGAAUUGAAAUUUUUGGUGUGUUUACCUAUGAUCAUCGUUUCACUGAUUAAAGCGGUAUUUAAUCUGAGAACAAAAUCGAGAGAGGCCAAGAUUAUCGUCAGAGAUCAAAAUUGAGGUUAUACCAUCUCUGCAGGUCCCAGACACCGCCUAAUCUCAAUUGUUAUUCUGCCGUCAACUUCAAGCUGUAACCCACAGCUCAAUCCAGAGCUUGAGACUAGCAACGUUGAAGUAACUUUGAAUGACGAGUCAUCACAGAGAAGAAAACAGAACACACGGGAUUUAGACAAGGGUGGAAAAGAAAAUGUUGCUACAGUACCAGGUGUUCAUGAACCACGUAUAGAACCACAACACAUUAAUACCGGGCUAGAAGAGUACAUAAAAAGCACAUCUGAAGGCAAAGCGAUCAUCAAACAGUACGAAAAGUUCUCUGCUCAGCGAAAACCUCUCCCAAAGAAUAUCAGAUGCAGACUUGCACGAUUGGUCAUUAAAAGAGAAAAAGACCUUGCUCUUCGAAAGAUCUCUGCAGACCAAAUACUAGAAAAAUUUGUAAUCACAACAGAAAGAUUCACCACCCUUGCCAGUGAAAUUGACAGAAUAUUCAAAUACGAAAGUGCUGAAGUGUACUACUCUCCAUACAAAAAAUCUGGUAAAACAGUAAUCAACACAUCUGGGACACUAUGGACUCAUUUUUGUUACAAAAAGGAUACUAUGAAAGCUGAUGAUAUUCUAGCACAAAAAGAAAUCAUCGAUGAGGACCAGAUUAUUAUUUCAAAUAGUGAGGAAGAACGUAUCGAUUGGUUGAGUGAAAAUAUUGACCCAUGGACUAAGGUGGAACAAUACUGGCAAGAGACUUCUGUCGCUAGACGACAACUAUUUCUGAAAAAUACAGAAUUCACAGUUCAUGCCUACUUUGAGAAAUUCAAGUGCUUGUCUACACAAAAAGGAAAGGAACUGCUAGAAUUAGAUUUUUCUCUAUUGUAUACGAAUGUUACGCCUAUUGAUUAUAGCGAAUGGAAGAGGAUUAGAGAUUUAUUGAUGAACCAAUUUGAUAUGCACAAAAUUAAAAAUGCAGAAGAAUUGGGACUUAUUAAUAGUUUGAAAUCUGGUGAUCUGAGCAACGAGAAACAAGAUUUUUUGCUUAUGUACUUAUUAGUACACUUGCUUCCACCAAAAUCUAGAGGAAGAAAGAGAAAAGCAACGAGUGAAAAUCAAGAAAUUGUUAAUCAAGCAUCAUCGAAAAAAUCUCUAGAGGAAAGAAGAGAAUCAUUUAUUUUGCAUGUUGAGAGUGAUGCUGAAGUAGAGCCCAAGAUACUAGAAUUAAAAAAACGUCUACAGAUUGCAAAAGAGACGUUUCAACCUCUUAUAAUAGCGGUGGGCAGAAAUCUUACAAGUAUAGAGUCCUACCAUAUAGCUGUGAAUGAUCAGUUGUACGAGUUAAGUAACUGUUUAGAAACAGUUGUAGUUGCUUUGAAAAUAUUUUUCAGUUUAGACUGUGAGUACCCCGAAAAUACGCAAGUAAUUUGGAAGUUCUUACAACAAGUUUUGUUAAAUAUUAAGGAAGAAAAGGUUGUUACCGUACAGAUGAAAACUUAUUUCGGUCUUAUUAAAAUUUUGCAAGACAAUAUUUAAAAAUGAUUACGUGUAAAAAUUGUUUUUUAGAGUAUGAAAACUCGAGCGAACUUUAUGAUCACAUUGUAAUAUUUCAUAAGGAUUUGCAGAGUUAUAGUUGUAUGUUUGAAAAUUGUAAUCGCGUUUAUAAACUGUUGAAUUCGUUAAAAAAACACGUAGGGAAUAAGCACAUUGUUGUCCCUGUCAGAACUCAAAGCCCUCCUCCUGAACAGUUUUUUACUGACCAAAAUUUUCAACACAAUGUUCAGAGAGAAGAAGAAAUCCUUGACAGCGACAAUGACAUGAGCGACGACGACGUUUAUGAAAAUUUUCAGUCUGUUGAAAAUGAAAGUUUCGAUGAUAUAGAUACUUAUGAAAAUAUUACCUGGGAAAGUGACUUGAAAAAAGCUGUAUCAGUAUACGUCGCAAGUUUAUUUAAUUUAAAAAAUAUUCCUAGAAAGUGUGUUAACGAUAUAAUUCUUAAGUCGGAGGGAUUUAUAAAAACAUUGUCAAAUAUUUUGAAAGAAAACAUAAAAAACGUAUUGACCGAGUCAAUAUCUCAAAAUUUAGUAGAAUUAAACAAAAUGUUUGACACACUUUCAAAAUCUUUGACGACUGUAAAUUCUGAGCAUAAACGGUUAGUAGUGUUUAAGAAAUUAAAAACGUUCGUACCCCCUAAGUCGUAUAAAAUUGGUGAGAGAAGGGAAUACCGCAAAGUAAACAAUGCUAUGAAAUUAAUGCAUAUCCCAGUUAAUAUUCAAAUGAUUCCUCUCAGAUCUGUACUCAAAUUGUUUUUUGAACUACCUAACGUUUUUGAAGAGGCAAAUGAGUAUAUGAAAAGUUUAAUUUCUGAUGACACAAUUGUUAGCAACUUAGUUCAAGGGAUUUAUUGGAAAAAUCGCUCGAAGUUUCACGGCAAUAAAAUAGUUUAUCCUCUCAUAUUUUAUUUUGACGACUAUGAAAAUAAUGAUCCUUUAGGUUCUCAUAAAGGGAUUUCCAAGACAGGAGCAGUUUACAUAAGUAUACCCUCUUUACCCCCUCACUUCCAAUCCAAAUUAGAAAAUAUCUUUGUUUUUGCUCUAUUCAAUUCGUUAGACCGAGUAAUAUUUACUAAUUCUGUAACUUUUUCUAAACUCAUUGACGAAAUCAAUUAUCUGAACGAUUUCGGAAUUGUUAUAGAUACUUCAUUAGGUACUAUAACAAUUUUCUUUGAACUCGUUCUUUUAAUUGCUGACAAUCUUGGACUCCAUUCACUUUUAGGUAUGACUGAGAGCUUCAAAGCGAAUAUCUUUUGCCAACAUUGCUUAAUAAAUCAGAUCGAAAAAAAUGAUGUAUUUUUAGAAAAAGAUUGUAUUUUACGGACUGUUGACAAUUAUGAGAACUUGUUUUUAAUGAAUGAUUCAAAACAAUCUGGUUUGAAAGAAAAAUGUACUUUUCAUAAGAUAAAUAAUUUUCAUAUGAGUGAAAACAUUUGUGUGGACGUGAUGCACGAUUUGUUUGAGGGCGUGUGUCGGUAUGACGUUGCUUUAAUUUUAAAUCAUUACAUAUUUGUAAAGAAAUUGUUCACUCUUGAAAAGUUUAAUUUAAGGACUCGUAGUCACGAGUAUGGGCCAAAAUAUAACGUAAAUAAACCCCCAGAGAUUCAGGAGAGUUCGGUGAAAAAAGGUUACAUUAUUAUGUCUUCCUCGGAAAUGUUAUGUUUAAUUAAGAAUAUAUGUUUAAUUAUUGGUCCUUUGGUUCCUCAAGAUGAUGAGGUAUGGGAAUUAUUAAUAAUUUUGAAAGAGCUUGUUACAAUGGUAUCAAGUACUAUUAUAGAUCAAUCGUGGUGUAAAGCCCUAGACAUCAUUGUGUACGAUUAUUUGUCAUCGUUGAAUGAUUUAUUUCCUAAUCAUCUGAAACCAAAGCACCACUUUUUAAUACAUUAUGGGAGAUGUAUGUCGUUAUUUGGUCCUUUAUGGAAACUCAGCUGCCUGAGAUUCGAAAGCAAAAACCAAGAAGGUAAACAAAUUUCCAAAAGCACAACGAGUAGAAUUAACAUUAAUAAGACGAUUGCUGUAAGACAUCAAUUAUACUUAAAUUAUAGGUUCUUAACAAAAAAAUCGUCUUAUGAACUUUUUAAAUCUAAAAAAAAAAAUGAGUGUAUUUCAGAUGUUGAUAAUUAUGUACAAUUCAUGAACUUGUUAAAGAACAAAGAGCUUGAACGUUUGGUACUUUUGAAGCAUAUUGAUUAUGCAGAUAAAAGAAUUAAAAAAAAUACUGUUUUAAUAACAUUUUGUGAAAAUGGGCCAAUUUUCAAUAUCGUUCAAGAAAUUGUACAAUAUCAGUCUGAAUAUAUACUCAUUUCGAAAAAAUUAAAAAACUCGAUUUUUGUUCACCACUUGCAGGCUUUUAAGUUAUAUGAUUUUUCUUCGUUCGAGUGGGUAUUAUUGGACAAAUCAGAUAUUGAGAAUUCUAUUAUAUCUUAUCACAUUUUUAUAAAAGAUGGUGUUUAUGUUAAUAAAUCUUGGGUUUAAUGUUUGUAUCGUAUGCAUUUACGAUGAUUGAUAUGUAAUAUGUUAUAUUCAAUAAAUACGUAUUAUUUUAAAAAUUAA